AUGACUUCUGCAAUUGAAAGUACCUAUGUCAUUGGAGCAACGCUCUGUGGAUCGGGGGGUCCCAUGCUAGUUCUGACGCAUGGGAUCAUUGAGUCUAAGCUAUACUGGCAACCUACCUUCCAUCAGUCAAAGACAUAUAGCUUCGUAGACGCCGCCGUUGCUGCUGGGUAUUCCGUUCUCAACUAUGACCGAAUCGGAGUUGGCUCUUCGUCAAAAGUAAACUCUAUAUCCGACGCCCAAUUCCAAGUCGAAACCGCCGUCCUCAACACCCUCAUCMCCUMCGCCCGCCAAACCGCCAACGCAAGCCAAAUCGCGCUUAUAGGGCACAGCUAUGGCUCAUACAUCUCAGCCGCAUCAGCAAGCCAAAUUGCCGUCGACGCUGUUGUCCUCACUGGUUUCAGUGGCACAUUUGCAUACUUUGACCCUUUCCUCGCAGGCGCAGGGCUUCGGAUCGCAAAUCUUCAAGAUCCCGGACGCUGGAGUGACCUUGACGCUGGAUACCUGACGUCUUCGGAUCUUUAUGCUGAGAGUUAUGUCUAUUUUGCGGAACCGUACUUUGAGCAUUCGGUGGCGGAAUGGGCGUAUAGGGUUGCCAGUGAACCCUUUGCGCUGGGUGAGUUGCCGUCGUUGUUGGCUACGGAGAUUGAGUAUGGAAAUAUCACUGCUCCGGUACUAGUGCUGCAGGGAAAGUAUGAUGUGUCGGCAUGUGGUGGGAACUGUGUUGGGUUGUUGAAUGCUACGAAGGCGCUGUUUACGGGUUCGGAGGUUGUUGAGACUGUGGAUGAUUUGCCAGCUGGUCAUGAUCUUAACCUGCACAAGGUUGCUCCUCAAGCGUUUGAGAUGAUCUUUGAUUUCCUCAAGGCGCAGGGUUUGUAA